CUACCGGCAGCCAGAUGGGGCUGGCUUAUAUGCGGAAGUCUCAGUUCCGCUCAGUCCAGUUCACUUCGAAUCUGAGAACAGACGGACUAAAGUCACGCUUCUCCACUCACACCAGACCCGGCUUCACAAGGCAAGGUGAAUCAUGAGCAGCAGCUACAGUGUCACCCUGGCUGGCCCUGCCCCCUGGGGGUUUAGACUACAGGGAGGGAAGGACUUCUGUCUGCCCCUCACUAUCUCACGGCUCACUGAUGGAGGGAAGGCAGCCAGAGCUAAGCUGAGUGUUGGAGACAUCAUUCUGUCCAUCGAUGGCAUUUCCACGGAGAGCAUGAAUCACCUAGAGGCCCAGAACAAGAUAAAGGCCUGCACAGACCGCCUCAGCCUCACUCUGCAGAGACCUUCCAGCUCCCCAAAAAAUGGAGUACCUAAGGAUGAACCUCAAGAAAUCAUAAAGCCCGUCCCGAUCACUCACCCCACCCCGAGCACUGCAUUCACCAAGCCAUCCAGUCAGCCCAGUCCAGCUUAUAACAAGACCGCCCGGCCUUUUGGCGCAAGCAGCAGUGUGGUCACAUCUGUCACCCCAGAUGCCCCCAAAGUAGCCACCAUCCCCUCUGCAUCCUCCGCUUUCACGCCAGCUGCCCCUUCUCAGCCACAGCCUCCGUUUCCGCUGAAGUCAAGCCCGGCUCCCCUGGACUCCACUCCAGCCAGCUCAGUCCCAAAGCCCGGCUCUGGUCGCUCCACUUUCGCCUCUCCGUACUCCUCUUCCUCCUCAUCUAACUCCUCCUCUCCAGCCAGAGUGACAGCCCCCCCUUCCCAUCCUAAUGUCCCACAGCCCUCUGUCUAUAACACACCCAUCAACCUGUACUCCAGUUCCAAUGCUACUGAGGUGGCGAUGGGGCAGAGGCGGGGUCUUUUGGAGAGCCAGGGGCUGUCGGAAAACUUCAACGGGAAAGCUUUUGAAGACGCUUCCCCACUCAGCGAUGCCAGCAAGAAGCGUCUGAUUGAGGACACAGAGGACUGGCACCCGAGAACUGGUAUCUCUCAGUCCCGCUCCUUCAAAAUCCUGGCCCAGCUCACUGGCACAGAAAAUGAACAAGUUCCAGAAAACAGUGGAAAGAAUGAUGCAGUUGACAUAACUGCUCCCGCCGUGCACACCUCGCCUGCAGCCAAACCAUUUUCCAAAUCUCCAGCAGCACCUAGAAAUGGCAACAUCGUCCCUGCGUCCUCAUACAAGAGUCCUGCAGCCCAGAACAAGCCUUCCUUCCAGCCUGGAGGUCCAUCAGGUUUCCCUAAGGGUGGAGCAGCUCCUUCUUUUGGCAAAGUUACCAACCCUACUCCCAAAGGUCCAGACCGCCCCACCCCACAGCCACACCCACAGGACCUCAGCUCUCUGGUGCAGCGGGCUGAGCACAUCCCAGCUGGCACUCGCACCCCAGUGUGCAACAAGUGCAACAACGUUAUCAGGGGCCCUUUCCUUGUGGCCAUGGGGAUGUCGUGGCACCCUGAGGAGUUCAACUGUGCUCACUGCCACUCCUCCUUGGCUGAAAACGGCUUCGUGGAGGAGAAAGGCCAGGUCUACUGCACAAACUGCUAUGAGCAGUUUUUCGCACCAACCUGUGCACGCUGCAACCAGAAGAUUCUGGGGGAGGUCAUGAAUGCCCUUAAACAGACCUGGCACAUUUCCUGUUUCGUCUGCUGUGCCUGCUACCAGCCAAUCAGAGGGAACAUGUUCCACAUGGAGGAUGGGCAGCCGUACUGUGAACAAGACUACUACAAGCUGUUUGGUACAAACUGCCAUGGCUGUGACUUCCCCAUCGAGGCGGGGGAUAGAUUCCUGGAGGCUCUGGGAUUUACCUGGCAUGACACCUGCUUUGUGUGCGCGGUCUGCUCCACUAACCUGGAAGGUCAGCCGUUCUUCUCCAAAAAAGACAAAGCUUUGUGCAAGAAACACGCUCACACUGUCAACAUCUGAGCUGCUGCUGUGAAUGUGAAUGGGAAAGGGUUUACAGCAAUUUUUACUUCAGUAAGACGCUUUCUAAAUUAAAAUAGUGUAUUCUGGUAAAUUAACAUGGGGUCAGAGGUUCCACUGUUUGCUCUAUCUUUGCUUAAUGUUGUUGGCAUAGUCUGCAAGAGUACACUGCAAGUCAAAAAUCUCUACAGUAGGAUUUCAAAUCAACAUUUUGAACCGAUCUUUUAUAAGGCUUAAGGUAAGUUUAGCUCCCAAUGGGACAUUUUUAUACCACAAAGAAUGAGGUUGACCCUCAGAGGUCACCAACAGUAUUAGGAUUCAAAUAUUAACAAGUGAAAGGUUAAAAAGAAGAUUAUUUAACAUUAGGGGGAAACAUAUUUAUUUGACAGCAGAAGUUAUUAUAUGGCUCUCUGGACUAAAGUAUGAAAUGGAAAAAUUUUAAUACUAUUAUUUUUUUAUUGUUUUGUUGAGACGUAAUGUGGUUUUCUAUUCCUACUAGUAAAUAUAAGCACAAACAUGUGUACAGUAAAACAAUUCUAUGCAAAGUGGUUGCAUAAUAGAUCAUUUUCUUUCUUUUUAUGUGUACAUUUUGUUAUAACUUUAGCCAAAUGGUUCAUGUAGACAUGAAUCAACAUCAUUCAACUUUUUCCAGACCUUAGAAUAGAUAUAUUUUAAAUUCAGUCUUGUUUAUGUCUUUGUUUAUUUGUUUUAUUGUCUUCUAAAACCCUGAUUGAAGAAAGACCUUCAUUUUGCCAACUUUAUUUUAUCUCCAUCAUAUUCAUCAUUCAGUGUGUGUUCUCACAAAGAGGACAUACCAUGAAAAACCCACUUUAUAGUAUGUUUGCACAGUAUAUUUGGGCAUCUUGGUUAUCCACCAGACCCACAGAAUGUAAAAUAAAUUAACCCAGUCUUUUGUUCAUGUCUGAAAACACAAAAUCAUACAGACAUCACAGUAGGAGUCAUUUUAAUAAUAUAUGUCCCUCACCUGGUAUCUCCAUCCACUGCUAUGGAAGCACACAGCUGUACUUGUGUCAGCACACCCCAUGGAAGAGAGGGGCUAGGUGACAUUUCUGACAGUCACUCUCAUAGACUGCUCAUCUAAGAUGUUUUAUAUAUCAGAAAAGUGCUGCAAUUUGCCUGUUUAAUGUAUGUCUAGUUUUAGAUAUUUUUUAAACUUCAAUUUUAUUCAUAAACAAAGUCUGGCAGUUACAUUAAUGAAAUAACAACACUGCAAACAUCACAGACAAAGCAACAUUUCAUGAAUAAAACUGCAAAAGAUCAUCACUUUAAAUAAUGUUUAGUUAAGUUACAUAAAUGGUGGCUCCCUUUAGCUUUGUUAGCUUUAGCUAAAGCUAUCAAAGCUAUACUAGCGUCAUACUUAAUAUUACAAUAUAAGCCAAUGUAGUUAAGUUAGCUUUAGCAAUGUGAGCUUUAUGAAAUGUAGCCAAAGCUAACAUGGCUAUGUAGAUAACAUACCUAUGUAGCCUACAUAGCUGCUUUGUG